GCGCGCCUCAGGGCGGGGCGAGGGGUGGCGCGCGGCUGCCCGGGGUCCCUGAGCCGCUAGAGCCCGGCCUCGAGGCGCUUCCCCAGGGCCUUCCGCGCCUGGGAUUUGCGGGGAUCUCGCCAGGCGCUUUCUUGAGAUGGUACUUGUAUGCCUGAGAGACCAAAAUGCUGAUUCAGUUUACCUUCCUGGAAACGUAAAACUAACCAAUCAGAGGAUCAGGUCAUUGAGAAGAAGAAACUUCCCAACCUAAAAUGCACCUCUUUAAGAGGACCCAGUAGGAGAGAACUGCCCUUGAAAUGCUAAAAUGGGGAAAACAGCUUGAGAAUGUUAUGAGGCAAGACAGACUGACGUGAAAGAUAUUUUCAUCUCCAUGCACUUGGUGCCAACUCAAGGCCAAGUUAGGAAAAGAGUCCAUGAUGUACUGUAAAGUAAUACUGAAUGGAACAGGUAAGAAGCGAAACCCUGGCCUUAAAAUUCCAAAAGAAGCAUUUGAGCAACCUCAGACCAGUUCCACGCCACCUCGAGAUUUAGACUCCAAGGCUUGCAUUUCUAUUGGAAAUCAGAACUUUGAGGUGAAGGCAGAUGACCUGGAGCCUAUAAUGGAACUGGGACGAGGUGCAUAUGGGGUGGUGGAGAAGAUGCGGCAUGUGCCCAGCGGGCAGAUCAUGGCAGUCAAGCGGAUCCGAGCCACAGUAAAUAGCCAGGAACAGAAAAGGCUACUGAUGGAUUUGGAUAUUUCCAUGAGGACAGUGGACUGUCCAUUCACUGUCACCUUUUAUGGCGCACUCUUUCGGGAGGGUGAUGUGUGGAUCUGCAUGGAGCUCAUGGAUACAUCACUAGAUAAGUUCUACAAACAAGUUAUUGAUAAAGGCCAGACAAUUCCAGAGGACAUCUUAGGGAAAAUAGCAGUUUCUAUUGUAAAAGCAUUAGAACAUUUACACAGUAAGCUGUCUGUCAUUCAUAGAGACGUCAAGCCUUCUAACGUACUCAUUAAUGCUCUUGGUCAAGUGAAGAUGUGCGAUUUUGGAAUCAGUGGCUACUUGGUGGACUCUGUAGCUAAAACAAUUGAUGCAGGUUGCAAGCCAUACAUGGCCCCUGAAAGAAUAAAUCCAGAGCUCAACCAGAAGGGAUACAGUGUGAAGUCUGACAUUUGGAGUCUGGGCAUCACGAUGAUUGAGUUGGCCAUCCUUCGAUUUCCCUAUGAUUCAUGGGGAACUCCAUUUCAGCAGCUCAAACAGGUGGUAGAGGAGCCAUCACCACAACUCCCAGCAGACAAGUUCUCUGCAGAGUUUGUUGACUUUACCUCACAGUGCUUAAAGAAGAAUUCCAAAGAACGACCUACAUACCCAGAGCUAAUGAGAUGGAGUCUCGUUAUGUUGCCCAGGCUGGUCUCGAAUUCCUGGGCUCAAACAAUCCUCCUGUCUGGGUCCCCCAAGCAGCUGGGACUACAACAACAUCCAUUUUUCACCCUACAUGAAUCCAAAGCAACAGAUGUGGCAUCUUUUGUAAAACUGAUUCUUGGAGACUAAAAAGCAAUGGACUUAAUCGGUUGACCCUACUGUGGAUUGGUGGGUUUCGGGUGAAGCAAGUUCACUACAGCAUCAAUAGAAAGUCAUCUUUGAGAUAAUUCAACCCUGCCUCUCAGAGGGUUUUCUCUCCCUAUUUUCUUUUUAUUGCCCCUCUUAAGGGGGUCUUGGAAUCUAUAGUAUAGAAUGAACUGUCUAGAUGGAUGAAUUAUGAUAAAGGCUUAGGACUUAAAAAGGUGAUUAAAUAUUUAAUGAUGUGUCAUAUGAGUCCUCAAGCUUCUCAGACUUCUCUUAUUCUUUACAGAAUGAAUGCAUUGGCCCUGACAAAAAGGUGCUAUAGUAGUGAUGAGAUUAUAAGUAGACUUACAGUUUUUCCCAUUUAUUAUUUUAAUAUUUAUGUUUAAGUGUUUGGUUGAAAAGAUUCCAUUUUAUACAAGAAGGGAGAUUAAAAAAAAAAAGACAAGGUUGGGUUGGCAAUAUUUAUAGGGCUUUUAUUUUUUAAGUUCAGUUGUGUCUGUGGUCCAGAAGAAAUUAUUUAAUACACAUCUUUGAGACUAUUAUAAAAAUAUCAAAAAGGAGUUCUUGUGAAAUGUCUGUUCCAGCUGUUGUGACUGCUGCCAUUUUUGCAAACAUCUGCUCAAUCCUGGGUGAUCACCACAUCUUUUAGGGGAAGUGGCAAGAUAUUCUGGUCAUACUCUUUUCCCAACUUUGGAAAACAUAAAAAUUACUCAUAUCACUUCUCAAGGAGUAAAACAUUUGGUUCUCCAGACACUUGUGGUGUAGUAUUAUUGGAAAGUGAUUCGUAAUAUGAUUUCAUAUUCACUUAACCUUUUCAUCUACCUGUGUGUGUGUUGUUUGUGUGUAUAUUUGGCAAUUCACAAGUCCUGCCAAGUGGUUUCUAUGAGCAUCUCUAUUUGGUAAGGAGAACAUUUGUCAGUUUUGAGGGGAGAUGUGUUAAAUCACAGAAAAAAAUGGUGCCUUCUUCUGCAUUUGUCCCUCCUACCAUGUGCAAGUUUCAAGGAUUGCCUUUGUAGUUUUUGUACUCAGUGGCUUUGUUUGUUUUGUUGUUCAGUAAAGAAGCCUUACUAUUUAUAGAAGGGCUACAAUAGGAGAAAAUUAAAAGCAUUAAUUCUUUGAUAAUAUGAGGAAAUAAUAGGAAAGGUUGAAUUAAUUCCUAGGAACGGACUACCACAUGUCCAAGAGUUGAGGCCACAUCUUUCUUCAGCAGCAUGCAAUCCCCGGCUCCUCUAUAGGAGAUGAGCUUCAUUGGGAACUCCUAGCAGGUUGACUCAGCAACAAAAGUUCUUUCUCAUGGCUGAAUAUAUCCUCUGGUUUUCUGAUUUGUAUCUCUAGGUUUCUUGAUAAUCAAGGAGUAAAGUAAUUGACAGGGAAAAUAUAGACCUGUGAUGAAUAACCAGGAACCAUUUUGGACAAGGAAGGACAAAGGAUUUUGAUUUUAAAAAGAAGGAAAAAAAACCCUACUUUUUCUUUCUUGGCCUCAAGUUCAAUAUGGAGAGGAUUGCUUUCCUGAGUCCUCCCUUCCUUCCCCUUUUAGAUUUUGAAGUGCAAUCAUAUAUUUUUCUCUGCCUUUUUUCCUUCUUGUUCUUGACAAGGAGGAGUUGCUCAGCCCAGAUUGAGUGGGACACUUCCAACACUUCUUCAUAUUCAGUUCCAAGAUAUAGCUGUUUUAUUAAACAUCAGCUUCCUUUGCUCUAAAGCUACCUCUGUCCUCAUUUUAUUCUAGCCAGAAAAUGAGUAUCACCCUAGUGAUGAUCGCUGUUCACUUUCCCAUCUAUUUUCCUAAAUCUGUAAGUUCUUCUUGAGAUCAAGAGAAAAAUUGCAAUUGUAUUCCUUACCUUAUUCACCCAUCUGUGGAAACAGGAAGCAAUAGGAAAAAUAUCCGGUUACUUCAUUUUAGCGUUCGGUGAACUAUGUAGAACAAAUUGUCUCUCUGAUCUAGGUCAGAUUACUCUUACCUGUUUUUCCACUUUGAGACAUUCUAAAUCAAAUAUGUAACUUCUCAUAUGUAUGCCUCUCUAGUCUGUGAACCUAGGCCAAACUUGCAAAAACAAUCAUAUUCAUAGUAGGGUAGAGAAAAAAUUAGUCUGUGGUUCUCAACCCUGCUGCACAUUGGAAUCAUCUGGGAGCUGUGAACACUGCCAAUGUUCCAGACACCAGAGAUAUGAAUUUAACUCGUGGGGCCCAGGAAUUGGUGUUUUUUUUUUUUUGUUUGUUUGUUUGUUUUGUUUUUUUACAGACCUUUGUGUAAUUCUGAUAUGAAGCAGGGUUCAGAAUACUGAUCUAAUAUUUUCUAAAGAGAACUGACUUAAAUUUACUUUCUUUUGGACAUUUGCAGAGAGUAAUGUGCCGUUGCAGAGAGUAACAAGAACAGGUCCUAUUUCUUUCCCUUUCCUCAUCAGUAGAAAUAUCUUUAUCACUGUGAGGGAAGGCAUGUUCCUGGGAUAUUGAUUGGAAGUGUAGAACACCUUUUCCCCAGAGAAGCUAUAUUCUGCACAGUGAUUAAAUAUCUUAUGUGCUAAAGUAAAAAAAAAAAAAAAAAUGAUAGCCUCACGAGACUAAAUUUUAGAGCAUGGUCUUGUUUUUGGGAAACUGUGUUGUUAAGUUCCAAUCAACCAACUUUUUAAAAAGUCAAUAUACCUAAACUAUAUAUAAAUUGGGAGUAUCUUGUACAUAUAGACAUAUUUAUAAAGAUAUCUGUAUUCAUAGAUGACCCUCAAAAUAUCUGAUGCUCAACCCAGCAUAGACCAUUUGAAUAUCAGCCCUGUCUACACCUAUCAAUGUAUCACAAAAUCAGUAUAACUCUAAAAGAGAGUCAUGCUCAUUUCCCCAAAUGCAUUUGAUUUUGUAUCAUAUAAUUGUCCAUGUUAUAAUUUUUGAAAAUAUUUAUUAAAAUAGCCAUGUCUCUUUUGAUAUUGUUUUAAGAGGUGUACCAAAAAAGUAAUGUGCAUAACUUAUAAGACGAUUACCCUGUGUGUGUACAUAUCAAUGAAUACUGCCCUCCAGUGUAGUCACCUUGAGAGACCACAUAUUUAUAUAAAUAAUACUGUUAAACUAUUUUUGCCACUUCUCUUUCAGAAAAGCUUUAGAAUCCCUUCCGUCCCCUGAGAUGUGUGUCAUCAUUUGAGAAUUAUUAUUUAGGUCUUAUUGUUGUUUGUAUUGCUUUUUACAAAAAUCCUUACCAGGUGUUUCCCUCUUUGAUUUACCUCCCUUUUUAAAAAUCAAAUUUAGCAAGAAGUUGUGUUUGACAAUUUCUAGAAGUUAAAUGUUCACUCAGAGUUGGAGUUUUGGCAUCACUGAAUCUUUGUAAAACACCAUGUCAUGGGUUCUGAAGAUAAUUUCAAAUGAAGAUUUCCACCCCCCUGCCCAAAAUAUAUGAUUAUUUUUAAGCAGGCAUUCUUCCUCUGGAAUAAGUAUAGUCUCCCAAAAUGAUUACUUUGAAGGAGAAAGAACCCCAUAAGGGUAGGUAUUCAUUGAUAAAAUAUCAGGUAGUCACGGAUUUUGCAUGUGAAAGCACCUAUUCUCUAUGGUUGGAGGCCCUGAUGUGGGGGAAUAAUCCAUCAUUCUAAUGACUGUGUUUAGUCACACUGAUUUAAUCAGAACAAAUGGGUUAAGUUAGCAGCUUCUGUCAUAGUGAAGCAAUCUGAAAGGGAAACGUGUGUGUGCGCAUGGCUCAAAAUUGUUUGUAUUUUACAGUUCUUGUAUAUUCUUCAAGCCUAACAAAAAAUUCUAUGUGCCAGAGAUUCCUAAACUUUCUGUGUUCAUGAUGCCGUUAGUCAUCUUGUAAUUUUUUUCAAGGUACCCCAGGCCAAAAUAAAUACUUAAUAGUUUAGUGUUUUAAAUAAUUAGGUCCCAACAGCUUAAUAAUAGCAGUUUGCACAGUGUCCUGCAUAUGUCACCAUGUUUCCCUUAAAAAUUUCCAACAUUGGCUAGUUGGGGUAACUCAUGCCCGUAAUCCCAGCACUUUGGGAGGCUGAGGCGUGUGCAUCACCUGAGGUCAGGAGUUUGAGACCAGCCUGACCAACAUGAUGAAACCCCAUCUCUACUAAAAAUACAAAAAUUAGCCGGGCAUGGUGGCAUAUGACUGUAAUCCCAGCUACUCGGGAGGCUGAAGCAGGAGAAUUGCUUGAACUCAGGAGACAGACAUUGCAGUGGGCUGAGAUCAUACCAUUGUACUCCAACCCGGGCAACAAGAGUGAAACUCCGUCUCAAAAAAAAAAAAAAAUGUACAACAUCUUGCUAGGUCUGUGAGUGUGCUGUGGUGUCUCAGGAUAUCCAGUACAUAAUUUGGGGAUGACAGAUAUCUAUUAUGUCAAUGUUGGCACUGUUCGCUGUUGCUGACCUCAAAAUGGAAUUCUUGGCCACUCAACUCUCCAUAUUAUUUCACUGUUUGUUUUGUUAUUAUAUAUAUAUAUAUAUAUAUAUAUAUAUAUAUAUAUUUUUUUUUUUUUUUUUUUUUUUUGAGAUGGAAUCUUGCUCUGUCACCCAGGCUGGAGUGCAGUGGCGCGAUCUUCGCUCACUGCAACCUCCACCUCCCGCUUUCAAGUGAUUCUCCUGCCUUAGCCUCCCAAGUAGCUGGGACUACAGGCACAUGCCAUCAUGUCCAGCUAAUUUUUGUAUUUUUAGUACAGAUGGGGUUUUGCCAUGUUGGCCAGGAUGGUCUCCAUCACCUGACCUUGUGAUCCGCGGGCCUCAGCCUCCCAAAGUGCUGGGAUUACAGGCGUGAGCCACCGCACCUGGCUGGCUAAUUCAUUUUUUAACUGUAACCCAACUCUGCUUUGCUUUUCCUCAGUCCUGCAAUGCCAUAGUGUUGUAGUCUAGAAAGUUGCAGUACUCAUAAGCCCCAGCAUCAGAGGAGGCUGGUACUAAGAUGGCCAGGGUUCUUGAUUUCUCCCAUUGAACUUGAUUUAGUGUCUUGGGGAUUAUAAUCUCAAAGGAGGCAAAGAGGGGUUAAUGUUUCAUAGUUUAUCACUAAAAUGUCUUUGUUGACCAAGGGGCUUUAUUAGCUAUGCUCAGAGAAAUAACUCUGUUUCUCUUAAAAGUGUCUAACAAAACACUUGUUUCUUUGGCCUGAAAGGACAAUGGAUACCUAGUUCCUAAUUUCCCACCCAAAUGCUGUUUUGGCUAUGUUACUCCCUAUGACCUUGAAGGUAAGAUUUGUAUAUUUACAAAAAUUAUUGGAGCUGGUAGUCAGAUCUAGUAAAAUUAAUUAAAUGUCUAUUGUGCUGCAAUUUUGCCUUCUUAACAUCUAUCUAUGACUUGAAGAGGGACUUGUUGGCUCAAAGGAUCUUCUGCUUUUUUUUUUUUUUGAGGCAGAGUCUCACUCUGUCACCAGGUGCCAAGCUGGAGUGCAGUGGCACAAUCUUGGCUCACUGCAACCUCCGCCUCCCGGGUUCAAGCAAUUAUCCUGCCACAGCCUCCCGAGUAGCUGGGACUACAGCCACCACGCCCAGCUAAAUUUUUGUAUUUUUAGUAGAGACGGGGUUUCACCAUGUUGGCCAGGAUGGUCUUGAUCUCUUGACCUCGUGAUCCGCCCACCUCAGCCUCCCAAAGUGCUGGGAUUACAGGCUUGAGCCACCUUGCCUGGCCAGGAUCUUCUGCUUUUAAUGAAUUAGCAAGUGAAAAGGUAUUCAAAUAAAUGUAACUUCAUAGGACUUAAUUUUUUUUUUAACUUUUCAAAUGGUAGGUGCAGUUUUCCUUUAGGCUUCUGGAAAUUUACGUAGUCAAAUGGAAAAAUGCCAAAGUAAAAUCUAGGAAGAGGUAGCUACCAGACCUGAGAGAAUAGAAAGAAAGCUAUUUUAUUCUAGGUCUAUGUUCUUCUUGUGUUAGAUUGGCUGUAGCGCUAUUAAAUGUGCUGACAGCUAAAGAUGCUCUUUGUUUUUUUUUUUUUGGCUUUAAUUGGAGUACUGUUGAUUCUUUUGGGUAUCUGUUGAAAGCUAGGGCCUUUUCCCUAGGAAAACUUACAAUGUUAAUUUUGCAAACUUCUUUUGUUGGGAGAGGGUUACAAUUUUUAUACCCUAUAGUAAAUUUCAAUUGUAAAGGGCCUAUGCAAAAUGCCCCAUAGGAUCAGUAGCUCUGUUCUGUAGAAUGUUGACUGUGACAUCCUAGACCAGUGUUGGCAAACUUUUUCUGUAAAGGACCAGAUAGUAAAUAUUUAUGGUUUUGUGUUUUAUACAGUCUCUAUCAUCUCUGCUCUUGUAUCAUGAAAGCAUCUACAAACAAUACAGAAAUGAAUGAGCCUGGUGGCUGUGUUCAAAUAAAACUGUUUACAAACCAAGCAAUGGGCCAAAUUUGGCCCACAGGCCAUGGUUUGCCAACACUUGUUUUAGAGCAUUAAAUAUAAAACUCUAAAUGAUUUACUAGAUGUAUAGAGUACUUCCAUUUUAGUGACUAUUGAGCUCAGCUGCUGUUGAGGCAGAUUAGGAAAAUAGACAUAGGAAACUGAAUUUAGAAAGGAUGAGGACUGUUUAGUCCCAUGAAAGUUGCUUGUUAAAUUCCUCAGGUAAGUAUGAAUUGUUCUGGAAACUGAUAGAACAGUUUUCUUCAGAUCAAACUGAGUACUUACUUUUUCCAUUUCUAUGCAAUCACCAACAUAAUUUACUUCAAUUUGGAAAUAAGUGUCACACUUCUCUUAGUUGUUAACUAUAUCCUUGGAUUAGGUUAUUUGCAUUUUCUUUCUUUCUGUAGUGUGGUUUAUACACUAGAAGAAUCAUGAAUCCAGAUACUAGUCAAUUUGUUUCUCUAUUCCCUGAACUGUACUGAGAUUGUGGAAUUUGGGAGGUCAGACUUACCUCAAACAAAGAACAAGGCAGAUAGAAUUCUUAACAUUUUUUAACUUAUUCAUCUCAAUUAUUUGUUCACAUUUUAAAGAAGUAGGAAAGAGUAGUUUGAAGUACAAAUAUUUGUUCUCAGGUGUUCUUUGAGCUCCCUGUUCUCACUGCAACAGAAGACUCAGGCCUACCCCUUUUGUGUUGUCCCAGGGAUGUGAGAGGAGUACUUCUCUUCUUUUAAUCAGCAGAAACUUUCAAUUUUAAGGGGCCUUUGCAAAAUGCCUCCUUUCUGAUGUAAUUUUCUUGGGUUGCUGGCCCUAGUUGAAUUUCUGGGCCCUGUAGCCUCUAGUGGAAGUCCUGUCUUCUCUAUAGAACUAGAACAGGUAUGUAAUUUGCUUCACCUUCUGUUAGUACUUGCACCCCAUACAGAAUGCUAUAAAAAUGACUGUCUGGCAGUGACCAAAGCUUUCUCAUUUUUUUUUCUUCCAGAACAAUAGAACACAUCUUGGCAAAACUAUAGUCUCUUUAUUAUUUAGAAACAUUCUUUUUCUUGCUGCACCAUUAGGCAAAUAUACAUUAUGCUUAGAAUGAUACUUGGAGACUCCUUAAUAGGGUAUAUUGAAGUAUUUGAUCUGGUAGUUUACCUAAAAGAAUCUUUUCUCUUCACCUAGGGAAACAAAACCUGAAUUCCAGAGCCUUCAAAAUGAAAUUAUCCUUCCAGGGGAAGCACACUGACACCAAAUACAUCAUCACCCACCAGCUGUUCUGGUGUUAUUUUUCUGAGGUUUAGAGUCAUUGUUUACAGCUAUGCAAAUAUCAUUGUACCAUUACAGAUUUUCUAAUGAAGUAGAUUGAAAACAAGACUUUAGCUGGGGGUAAUCUUUUCAGUUUCUGACCCAAAUUUCUUUUCAAGCAAAAUUCCUCUGAAAGCCUCUUUCCUAUAGCGGUGAUGAAGGCACUAGACUAACCAGAAACAUAAAGUAAAAAACUCUGUAGUAGGGAAUUUUUGUUGGUACAAAAUUAGUAUCAUCUUGUCACACAUGCCUAAUUCCUUGGGACUUUAGGUAUCUUGACAUCACUUGCAUUAUCUUUUGAACUUGGACAUUGAACCCUUUAUUUUUGGGAGUUUACAGUUAAAUUUUGGAAUAAUUAUGUCAUAGUUCCUUCCCUCCCUCCCUUCCUUCCUUCUCUCUUUCUCUCUUUUCACUCUUGUUGCCCAGGUUGGCAUGCGAUGGUACAAUCUUGGACACCUGGCUCAUUUUUGUAUUUUUAGUAGAGAUAGGGUUUCUCCAGGUUGGUCUGGCUGGUCUUGAACUCCUGACUUCGGGUGAUCCGCCUGCCUCAGCCUGCCAAAGUGCUGGGAUUACAUGCAUGAGCCACUGUGCCUGGCUAAAUUGGGUUGUAUUUCUUUCUUAGACCUUGUCAGUAUGAACGGAAUUUUUUUGUGGGCAGUUAAUCUUGAUGUGCUCCAUAGCUUUCCCAAGUUUAUACUUUUGCAUUUCUGAGAUUCAGGGUCUUUUUUAAGGAAGAAGGUUAAUGUUUACGGCUUGGAGGUUGAAUUCAGGGAGUGUAUUGGCAAGUUUAGGCACUUACUUGUGUCUUAAUGUGGGAAACAGAAUGUCCUAAGUAAUCUCUAGAGUUUGUGGCUUAGACUAGGCCUUCAAAAGUCUUUUCUGUUUUCCUUUGCUGCAGUUGGUUGUUAUUUCUCUGCCAGUCACAGAUGACCUGGACUGACUUAAUGCUUUUGUGGAAAGGAACUGAUCUAGUCAUUUUCAUAUAUCAAAAAUCAAAGUCAACAAUUUUGUAUCAGUCUGCCUAAAUGAACCCUAUUGUUUCCAGUUCUUAAAAAUGUAAGGGCUAUCUAAGAAAAGUUUAAGCAAAACCCUCAUUCAAAACAUGAGACCUUAUAAUAAGAACUUCCUUUGAAGAUGAGCAGCAAGGUUGGGUAUCUGAUUUCACUAAGUAAUAUUCUAUUGUGGUCAGAAAUGAGUAAUUGGCAUCAUUUAGUCACUACAAAUAUUUGUAUUGGAGUCUACAAGAUAUUUCAACAAAGUAAGUCAAACCAUACUGUCUUAGGGGAUUGUCGCUGGACUUUGGAAUUUAAGGCUGAACAGUGAUGUGAAGUCAUGUUUGGGGGCUGGAAGAAGAGAAAAAUGCAAAGGGUGAUGCUAAACUAGGAACCUCUUGGAGGAACAAGCUGAUUUAAAAAAAAAGCUGGCAGACAUAUAUAUCCUUUAAUUUAUUUGCAGUGUUACUAUAUUAUAGAGAUGAUUUCCUAUGGGAAAUCCCAUUAAAAAGCCAAACUUUUAUUGUUAUUUUUCCUUAAAAAUACUGAGCUAUAAGUAGAUUCAGAGAGUGGCAUUAAUUUGGAUAUCAGAACAUUUUCUUUUGUAUCCCUGGUGUUAUUGAUUCAAAAGUGUUAUCAUUUCAGACAGAUGGCUGAACAAAAGUAAAUGAUUAGUGGGAAAUACGAUGGUUGAGAAAUAGGAACAAUACGCCUAAAGCAUUGUGAGAAUAUACAACUCAUCCAUCAGCCACCUCUGGGUAGAAGAAACACAAAUACCAAAACGUGAGCUCCUUAACCUUUGGUUCCAGAGGGCAGUUUCAUUUGUAAAAAAGGUGGAUGUUAAAGAAGGUUACCUGAUGAGCAGACUUCUUUCCCAUAAUGAAGAGAACUGUGAAUAUUCUUAGAAAUACACUACAGGUCUUCUCCAGAAGACCUAGAUUUUAUAAUUUAAAAUAUAAUACUCACAGCUAGUUUGAAGCUUCAGAAGCAGUAAAUUAUGGGAAAGAAAUAGUUGUUUUCUUUUAUUAUUUUCUGAUCUCAAGUUGUUUGUUCUGUUGUAUGUUCAAUAUUUGGGGAGAUAAGAGUGAGGUACAGCUGUGGUUUUCAGUCCAUGUUCAGUGGUGCCCCUGAGGGUCUCUUGUUCUAAACAGAAGGGGAAGAGAGUGUGAUGAAGGUCAACCCUGCCUAUCUGAACCUCCAUCAACCUCCAGUCAGAAUAUCUGGCUUCGAGUAUUGUUCCUGUUAACUGGAAGUCUCUGUGGCCAUUAAAAGCUUGGGAAUGCUGGCUGAAAUGACCACUUCAGCACUUUAAACAGUCUCAAAUGUGGGAAAUUUUAUAUCCAACCAUGGCUGUGAGUUCCUGGCUUUUGCUGUAUUGAGUAUGCUCAUAGAGAUAGGGAGAUAGGUGGCAAGAAGACAGGGUCAUUUUUUUAAUUGAGUAUAAAUCAUUUUGAAAGGAAAGCGCAGGGAAUUGAUGUGUGACAGACAUGCAUGAUAGCUCCUUAUAUGGGCUAUUUUCCUAAAGUGGUUGAGAAUGACCUGAUCUUUGUUCACUGUCUCAGUGACAAGGAGUGGAGUGACUGGGCUCUUCAUAUGCAGUGGAAUUUUUACAUUUCUAGAUUUGCAGAGGCAGGAGUUAUCAUUUUUGUUCAUUGAUCUAUCAGAAAAAAGCAAAAGCCCUUUGGACAAUGUUGACACAGACAGGGGUACGAUCUGAGACUCAAGCUAACAGAGCUACCCCUUGCUGCAUUUUACAAAGGUGUCAUAGGUGGAGAAGGGUAAUGGAAACCUGGUACAGCCUUUAGAAGCUGGAAGCUAUGGUAGUGUAUCUGUCAUGAACUGCACACAAGGGAAUGCUUAAACACCAACUGAGUCAUAUCAGGUGCCUUGUACACACACAUAAAGAGUCUGGUAAAUUCUGACAGUGUUAUGUUUGCCACAAGAGCAAAUUUAACAGCUGGGGUUUCACAGCAACUGUUUUAGAACACUAUUUGUGCCAAAAAUUUACAUUGGGCAGAAAUUUGUAGUGUUCUUGGCCAAUCUCUGCAUAAAAGCAGCUUGAGGAGGUUUGAUUAAGAAAAUUCAGUUUAUCUCCUGUAUUACCUCUGUGUUUGAUUUAUUCUUUAGUCUCAAAUUUAUUUUCUGAGUGAAGUGACUUUCUAUAUGAACUAAAAUGAUGUUUUAAUAGAAUAAUAGGUAUUUUUAGAGGAAAAAUUUUUUGUGUGUAAUUAACUUACACAACUAGAACAUAUUUCCUGUGAUACUGAAUCAUCAACUUGAGUCAUUUAAAGCUGAAAGAGGUGUUAGGAAUGUAGUUUCAAAUUGUUUAAAUACAUGAACAGUUUUCUAUAUAUUUUGUGAAAAUCUUGAUGAGAUGCUAGAUAGAAUUUCUUUAUGGAGUUGAACUUGACAAGAAUUUUAAUAAAAGGUGGAUUUCCUCGGCUUUCUUUGUGCUUCAGUUUCAUAGCUGAAAAUGCUGCUUCCAUUUAUUAAUAUGGUCUUUGUAAGAAAACACAGUAAAACGUUUUCUUACCUUCUGUAAAUUUUGUGAUAGACACAUAUUAUUUGUAUAUAUGAUUGAUUGUUUGCUUAUGUUGCACCCCAAAGUUAUUUUUAAACCAUGUUUAUUGUAAAGAGAGCCUUUGGGCAAGUGAAAAAUACCUGGAUGCUAGAAUGAGGUAGUUCCAGAAGCUAGUUAGGAGCUUGCUACCUCUUCUUGGUACCUGAAAUAUUCUGAAAGGAGAUCGGAGAGGUCAUAUGCACCCGUCUUUCAAAACCUAUCUCCAGCACUUCAACAUAGUGUCUCUGGAGAGUCUGAAAUAAAGGAAUGAAUGCUAUUCUGUAGAUAUCCUCAUUGAUGCUGCCAUCUUUCCUACCAGGUACAACACACUGCUAGCUUUUUCUGAUUGGAAUCAUCUCUUCUUUGUGGAUUGCCGCAUUGUCUCUUUGUGAAUGAGGCAGGCUGAACUGUAUGUAGAGCAUGGAAUUCAUUCGAAGUUUAUAAAGUAAAAAGACCUGUAAAGGAUGUGGGUGGAAAGUUUCCAUGCUCUUGAGGUGAAUAUUAAAUUUAAAUUCUAGCCUUUGGGAACUCUGUGCUUGUGAGCUAAAGAAGGAAAGAAGGAGUUGGGGUGUAUAUCUAACUUUUUGUUUUUCUAUAUGGAAAUAUAUGAGCAUCAAGUGAUAACUUCAAUAAAGCCUCAGGAUUGUAUUUAAAAUACCUGUUUUGUGGAACAGCAUGCCUUUGUUAUCUUUGCCUGUUGACUUUGGUGGCUCCAAACAUUUUCAUUUUAGGCUAGCUUUCCUAUUACCCAGGUUGUGUGCAUUUUUUAAAAUUUGAACUAUUGCUUAUCAUUAUUAACGAUGUUAUCUCAAAAUCCUAAAGCCAAGGAAAUAGCCAAUAUGCAGGACUUGCAGUAGAUAUAAGCAUUGGUGUUAAUGUAGGUUAAGUUUUAAUAGUGUUCCCAGAAAUAUGCUGAAUUGAGGGAUAAUGUAGCUUUAAAGAAAUUAUGUUUGUUUUUAACAUUUAGAGACACUACGUGUCCUGGGUUGCUUUUCUUGAGAAAUUCACCUUUUCAUGCAAAUACCAUCGAUGGCGGACAAGCCUGGAUGAUUGGCUUCUAUCAGGCAAUCGACAAGGAAUUAUAAUAAUUGCCAAAGGUGAGGGUAAUUUUGCCUUUCAAGUAUGUAGCUUGAGUCAUUUAAAGCUGAAAGAGGUGUUAGGAAUGUAGUUUCAAAUUAUUUAAAUACAUGAGCAGUUUUCUAUAUAUUUUGUGAAAAUCUUGAUGAGAUGCUAGAUAGAAUUUCUUUAUGGAGUUGAACUUGACAAGAAUUUUGAUAAAAGGUAGAUUUCUUUUCAUCUUUUAUUCUGUAGGUCAUUCUGUGGUGAAAUUUCCAUCACAUCUUGUAAAAAACAACUUUCUCAUUUCCCUCCUUUUUUUUUUUUUUUUGAGAUGAAGUCUCACUCUUUCUCCCAUGCUGGAGUGAAGUGGUGUGAUCUUGGCUCACUCUAACCUCCACACUGGGUUCAAACAAUUCUCCUGCCACAGCCUCCUGAGUAUCUGGGAUUACAGGUGUCUGCCACCACUCCCAGCUAAUUUUUGUAUUUUUAGUAGAGAUGGGUUUUCGCCAUGUUGGCCAUUUCCCUCCUUUCUAAUCCAAGAUCAUAUUUUUUUAAAGUAGGUUUCUGAUAUGCUAUGAAAUAUUUCUGUAAACUUGCGUUUUUGGCCAAGGAAAUGGCUGAGAUGUCAAACCAAGUGGUUGUUUCACAGUUCGUCUGGCUACCGUUCUGGGUCCCCUCUGACCACCUCAAAAAGAAAAUGAAAGAAAUUGGGAGAGUAAAUUAAGCUUGUCCUCUUUUAAUGAGGAAUUUUCACAUUGGCUUCCUAUCUCAGGAUAUUCUUCAAUUUCAUACUGCUGAUGAGGAGAAAGGAACAAGCUGCAGACACUGUAACUGGUCUCCAGAUGUGUGUGUUUGUGUGUAAAACUUCACACUGUGUGUGUUGUGUUCAGUGUUGUGUCAGUCUACAAACUGACUCAAACAAUAGUUUAAAGAUAGAGAAGACAGUGAUAAUGGCAAAAACAAAAACAAAAACAAAAACCCAACCACCUCUUUCCAUCAGAGUGCUUGCUAUGACUUUCAUAGCUGGGACAAGUAACAUUAAGUAUUCAGGAGCAAGGUGUUCUUGAAAGAAAUGGUGUGUUGAUCUCAAGAAAAUGUACAACCAAUAAAAGACAUUUAAAAAGUGCA